UUUUAGGCAUCUCAAAUAAUUAAUUUAUUAUUAUUAUUAUAAGUCCAACUCCUCGUACUCGGUCUCUGCGUUAUAAAAAUAAAAAAAACAGUAUUUAAUCCUCGCACACUUUCUCUUUCUCUCUCUUCUCUCUCUCUCUAGAAUCUCUCUCCGGUAAAAAAGCAGUAAGCGCUGACAACGAAGCAAAACCAGUGAGGGUUUCUUUUUUUCGCUCUUCUUUUCAGACUUCUGCAGCAGUCCCGAUAAUGGUUUUGCAUGACUACAAAAGACGGAGAUGGGAAAACUCGAUAAACGAACAACAAUGCUCCAACACCAAACCCUCGCAGCCUUUCCCUCUACUCGAUUUACCUCUCCACUUAGUGUCCGACAUUCUCUCGAGGCUGCCUCUGACAAACAUAAUUCGCUGUACAUGUGUUUGCAAGAUAUUCCUCAAACUAAUCAAAGAUCCUUACUUCGCCAAGUUACAUCUCGCUCGCGGACCCGCCUUAACAACAAACUUAAUCCUUCAAGAAACCGUGGGAAGAUUGGGAGCCCUUUACUUCUUCACGUUCGAUCUCUGCGAGUCCACUUUGUCUUCAUGCAGCAGCAACGAUCAGAACGUUUGUUCCUAUUCCAAAUGCGGGCUGCCUAUACUGUGUCGAAUAAACGCCGAAUUCAGUUUCCGUACCGAAAGAGUUACUCUGAUUGGCUCGUGUAACGGACUGCUGUGUCUGUAUUUCGAUUCGGGGGAUAAUCCUUUCUACGGUAUUUGCAACCCUAUACUCGGCGAAUGCACGAAGCUUCCUCAGCCGACUGCAUCGGCCCCACUCUAUACUUACGCCAAGUAUUCCGGAUUCGGUUACUGUUCUAGGUUGAAGCAGUACAAGGUUGUUCGGUUCUUACAUCUUACAUCUGUCGAGAAUCCUAUGAACUCGAAAAGAAUUGUUGCUGAUCUGCACACCCUUGGUUCGGAUUCGUGGAGAAGGAUCGAAGACGCGCCCUGCCCGAAAAGAAACUCGUUCGACCCUUUCCUAAACGGUGCUCUUCACUGGAUAACAAACAGCGAAAAACCCUCUGAGCUUAUAAGCUCGUUCGAUUUAGAGAGGGAAAAGUUCGACUUCGUCCCUCCACCUCCUCAUUUCAAUGCGGCUUACAUGCGUAAGGUUUCUUGGAUCAACAUCGGUGUCCUGAGAGGAAACCUCUGCAUCUGCUACAUUUACGAGGACGCAAUGUUUGAGGCUUGGGUUAUGAGAGAAUACGGAGUUAAAGAAACGUGGAGGAAAGAGUUUGGUAUCGACAUGAAAUUCUACUGCAAGUUGCAAGUUGAGGAUUUGCAUCGGCCGAUCAAAUUUGUGAGCAAUGGGGAUCUUUGGUUUGUGUCUAGUUCGGAUUCGCUCGUUUCUUUUAGUCCCGAGAAACGAACUUUUAGGGAAUUGAGGUCCAUGGGGCCUUGGAGACCAGGAGUUACUGCACAUGAUUUAAGCUUCAUAUCGCUUAACGAUGUUUUCAAGGGAGGUACGAAGCUGCAGGUGAAGAAAUCGAGGCGUGGGCGGACGUUCGUUUUUGGUAUUUAGCAUUUUUUUGUUUCGACUGCUUUAUGCGAUGCCGCAAUGUGUCUGAAUGCAAGAAGUGUUUUUUCUUUAGGAAUUCUUGUUAUAUGUUUGUUUCUAGUAGAAUAGAUUUUAGUAGUUAUGUAAGGGAUAUUUUUGGAUUGAAUUGGAUUGUAUUAACUAAUUAUCUGGUUAAUUAUCAAAAAAACUAAUUAUCUGGUUUUAGUAGAAUGUUUGGUACUAAAUGU